UAUAAAUUGGCUCCUGAGAGAGCAAAAAUUUCAUAGGAACAAGCCUGAUAUGAAAAUAUUUCCUCCGCAACAUUCUCCCUUCCAUUGAUUCCUCUUGUAAAACUCAAAGAAGUUCCUUCCACUUGAACUCAUUGCUUAUAUUGAUAAGUUUGCAUGCAACUACUUUGUUUCCUGUAAACAACAAAUAAAGAGCGAGAAUGCAUCCUAAAGUGUGUGAGGCUGCAAAAUCAGGAGACUAUGAUUCCCUGAUCACAAUAAUUUCAGGAAACGGAGAGGACCUUUUCCAUCAGACAACACCAAAGGAGAACAACAUUCUUCAUCUUGCGGCUCAAUACAAACAGGUAAAUUUCAUUGAAAAUCUUCUUCAAUGUCCAUCGGGACCAUCCCUUCUUUGGCAGGGUAACUGUAAAGGGGACACUCCCUUACAUGUCGCUGCUAAAGUGGGAAGUUGCGAAGCGGUUCAAAUGUUUAUUGAUUUGUCAAAAUCACUUCAUUGGGUCAUUGAGAACGGACAAGUUGACGCCUGCAAAGAGCUACUUCGGAAGCAGAAUUUACAUAAGGAUACCGUGCUGCACUAUGCAAUAAGAGGAGGCCAUGAUUUGGUGGUGGAAUUGCUGAUUGGAGAAGAACCUCAAUUGUGUGAUAUCACUAAUGCCGCUUUCGAGUCCCCGCUUUAUCUCGCAGCAGAUCGAGGACUUUCUCGUACCAUUGACCUGAUUUUGGGUACUCCCUCGUUGUCAUCCUCUCACAAGGGCCCUAAGGGUUUGACAGCUCUACAUGCCGGAAUUUCUCACUCACUUACUGGUUGGGAGAUAAUCAUGGAAAAUAGGCCAGAAGCGAUCAAAGAAGCCGAUGAUUUGGGAUGGACCCCUCUUCAUUACGUUGCUUACUUGGGCAAAGUUGAAGCAGUUCGACUACUCCUGCAACGCGAUACUUCUGUGGCAUACGACUUAGACAAAGGAGGGGAAUCAGCUCUUCACCUUGCAGCAUUCCAAGGUUGCGUCAAUGUCAUUGACGAGCUUGUUAGAUCCUGUCCUGAUGCUUGUGACAUUAUAAACACCAAAGGGCAAUCGGCUCUUCAUGUAGCCGCUAUCGGUGGACAAGAGAAUGUAGUCAAUUACAUAUUGGGGAUGCCAAACAUGGAGGAUCUUAUCAACGAACAAGACAACGAUGGAAACACAGCUUUGCAUUUGGCUGCACUUCAUAAAAAAUGUAAUAUCAUAUGCAUAUUUGCACAAGACAAGAGGGUGGAUCGUUUGGCAAAAAAUAAGGAUCAUUUCACUGCUCUUGACAUUUUUUCUGCCCAUAAAGAGGUCGACUAUAAAGCUAAUAAAGUUCAUCACCUGUUGAAAGGAUCUCAUGGAAUCCCGGGUUUUCAAGGCUGGUUUAUUGAAUACGGUAAGAAGAGGUUAGACAAGCAAUUUGUUCUAGAUCGACCAUCUGUGUCUAUAACCACAAGAAGUAAUAUUCCCAACCAAGAUAAUUUUGAUUUGUCAAAGAAAGGCAUUAUGGACGUUCAACUACUAGUGGCGGGCCUCAUAGCCACAGUAACCUUCGCCGUGGCCUUCACAAUGCCUGGAGGUUAUAACAACGAUGGACCAGAUCGAGGAAUGGCGAUUUUUGCUAAGAGGGCAAGUUUCAAAGCCUUUGUAAUGUGUAACACUUGUUCGUUCCUUUGUUCCAUCAUAGCAAUAAUCUUGCAUUGUGAAAGUACUAUGUUCAGCUAUCGCCCAGAGCCGAGACACAUCCCGACCGUGGGAUGUUGCAUUGAAGUUGCGACAGUGGGGAUGAUGAUGUCCUAUGGUUUCGGGUUAAAUACUGUACUGCAUAGACCCAACGAGAGAAUCGGGGAAAGCAUCGCUCCCUAUUAUGCGUGGGGAGUUCUCUUCAGUGUGUCAUUACUUUAUCAUUACCCGGACCACGAGGCUCAUUCGUGGGUGCUAGGUAGCUCUCCCAAAAGAUACAUCCGAAGGUUUUUGUUUAAGUGUGGGAUGCCAUUGCUUGAUUGGUCGCGAGGAAAGCUAAUGAGUUGGGCCGGUUCUACAUUCCGGUGA